AUGCGUGAGGACCAGCAGGCCAGCGUGGCUGAAAUGCAACACGGGCUCUCUAGGCUGGUUCCGUCCGCAGAUGGCCUGUAUUUCCUCUACACUGAGAAUGGCGUCAUCUACCAGACCUUCUGUGUCAUGACCUCUGGGGAUGGCGGCUGGACCCUAGUGGCCAGUGUGCACGAGAACCACAUUACUGGGAAAUGCACGGUAGGUGAUCGCUGGUCGAGUCAGCAGGGCAGCACGGCAGACUGCCCAGAGGGGGAUGGCAACUGGGCCAACACGUUUGGGUCUGUAGAGGCGUCCACCAGUGAUACAAGGUUGAACCCUGGUUACUAUGACAUCCAGGCCCAGGACCUGGGCAUGUGGCAUGUGCCCAACAAGCGCCCCCUGCAGCACUGGAGGAACAGCUCCCUGCUGAGGUACCGCACCAACACUAGCUUCUUCCCGAAUCUGGGACACAAUCUGUUUGGACUCUACCGGAAAUACCCAGUGAAGUACGGAUCAGGGAGCUGUCAGACUGACAAUGGCCCAGCUAUUCCUCUGGUCUAUGACUUUGGUGAUGCUGAGAAAACCGCAUCUUACUACUCACCAGUUGGUCAGCGUGAGUAUCUGCUUCCUUACAUCUGUUUCAGAGUUUACCACAAUGAAUGGCACAGUGAUUCUUCAGCAGCAGAAAGGCCCAAAAAUGUCUUUUUAAUGAGUGAGUGA